ACUUCGCUUGUUGUUUCACCGGAGGAAUUUGAAUGUUGCACAACUUGGCAGCCGUAUCGAUGGAGGAGCACGAAGUACAAGUGGGCACAGUUUUAUCAUAAAUAUCGCGUUUAAAUAACAAUUACACUUAAAUAAAUUGUAUGCUUCACAUCGGAACAACACGAAAACAAUAUAUCAACUGCAACAGCGUUGGAGUUUGAGCCAUGGCAGCGUUGUCGGAGGAGGUGCUGCUGGUGGUGAAGAGGGUCCGACAGAGGAAGCAGGAUGGGACCCUCUACCUGAUGGCAGAGAGGAUAGCCUGGGGACCAGAGGGGAAGGACCGUUUCACCGUCAGCCACCUGUAUGCUGACAUACGCUGUCAGAAAAUCAGCCCAGACGGCAAGGCCAAGAUUCAGCUACAGUUGGUCCUACACACGGGGGAGAGCACCAACCUCCACUUCUCCAACGAGAGCACUGCCCUGAAAGACCGCGAUGCAGCCAAGGACCUUCUCCAGCAGCUGCUGCCCAAGUUCAAGAAGAGGGCUAACAAGGAACUGGAGGAGAAGAACAGAAUGUUACAGGAAGAUCCGGUGCUGUUCCAGCUGUACAAGGAUCUGGUGGUGUGUCAGGUGAUCAGCGCUGAGGAGUUCUGGGCCAAUCGGCUGAGCAUAAACAACGUGGACCACUCCCUCUCCAACAAUAAGCAGGAAGUUGGCAUCUCGGCAGCCUUCUUGGCGGACAUCCGGCCCCAGACAGAUGGCUGUAACGGCCUUAGAUACAACCUUACAUCUGACAUUAUCGAGUCAAUCUUCAGAACGUACCCUGCAGUGAAACAGAAGUAUGGUGAAAACGUUCCUCAUAACAUGACAGAGAAGGAGUUCUGGACGCGGUUCUUCCAGUCCCACUACUUCCACCGAGACCGCAUCAACACGGGCCUGCAAGACAUCUUCUCCGAGUGUGCAAAGCAGGACGAGAAGGGCCUGAAGUCCAUGGUGUUCCAAGGAGUGAAGAACCCAAUGGUGGACCUGCUGUCACUGGAGGAUAAGUCGUUAGAUGAGGGUUAUGGGUCUAACUCUACAGCACCUUCUACGUCCAAUACUAACAAGACCGUGAAGGAGAACAGUAACUCUGCCAUAAUCAAGAGGUUCAACCACCACAGUACCAUGGUGCUGGCAGCAGGCUCCGGAAAGAAAGCGGAUGCUCCUAACGGUCAGGCCUGUGAGACUAGCAGUACAGAUGGAAACUCUAGGGAUUCGGACUUCUUCCAACCACCCAUUAAGAAGGUGAAAAUACAAGAUGUCAUAGAGUAUGAGGACCUUCAUAGGGAGAAUGGGAAGAAGACAGUGGCUCUGAACCUCAAGAAGUCUGACAGGUACUCUCAUGGUCCCGUGCCUCUCCUGCCCCAACAGUACACCACCAGUCAAGACAUCGUCAACUCUGUCAACUGUAUAAAGCAGGAAAUAGCCAGCUACAAACCCUGCCUUACUCAGGUGAUGUCCAGCAGUACAGCCAGUUGUGCCAUCGCCGCCCUCUCUCCAGGGGGUGUUCUCAUGCAGGCAUUAGCACAGCAAGCCAUUAACCAGAUGGUUCCCAAUGACGUUCAGGGGGAGCUGAAGCAUCUGUACACGGCUGCUGGAGAGCUGCUGAGACACUUCUGGUCCUGUUUUCCUGUCAACACACUUUUCCUGGAAGAGAAGGUGGUAAAGAUGCGGUCCAACCUGGAGAGAUUCCAGAUGACCAAGCUCCGCCCCUUCCAGGAGAAAGUCCAGCGUCAAUACCUGAGUACUAACCUUACUGGUCACCUUGAGGACAUGUUUCAGAUGGCCUACAAUAAAUUCCACGCCUGGCAAACACGUCGGAUGAUGAGAAAAACCUGAGAGGGGAGAAACGCAUGGCUUUAUCAGAGAGAAUGGAAAGAAUGAAUGAACGAGUACAAGAUGGAUGGACAGACCUUAUUCUACCUACCAGGCUGUUGUGUCAGAGGAAUGACAGAUGGCAUAGUCCCCCCGGGGUGAGAUGAAGAUUCAGACGGGUGCUGCUUGUUAGCCUGCUAAAACUCCACAGGUCCAUCAGACUGACACACUCACUAGGUCUCAAUCACAAAUUACUCUUAUUAGUUUUUUUUUUUUGCGUUUUCCUCAGUGAAUGGGAUUCAUGGGAAAAUGUUGGUCAUGACUCUCCGCUAUAAGGUUUGAACAAACAUAGGCAAACUUCUUUAAAAAAAAAAUGUGUAUAAAACGACCAGACUCCAGAUGGGAAGUCAAAAAAGGAACUCAGGAACUGAACAGACUAUGUUAAAUAACAAUACAUUUUUAUAAGCAAAAGGACUGUGUGAUGUGAAGCUUAACUUAAUGUGAGAUGCUCUCAGUACAGAGACUGAAAGAUGGAGAGCUCAGUACAGAUGCCACCCCCUUUUUCCCCCAGUCCUCCCAGGCCUUUUUUCCCCAGUCCUCCCAGGCCUUUUUCCCCAGUCCUCCCAGGCCUUUUUCCCCAGUCCUCCCAGGCCUUUUUCCCCAGUCCUCCCAGGCCUUUUUCCCCAGAGCUGAGGACCGGGUCCAGGGAACCUGUCUGUACGUUGGAUAGAGGCUGGCUGGCAGUCAGGCAACUGAAUAUAGCAAUACUGUAAAGACAUUUGUCUACUGUAUGGCUACGUCCCAUAGGGCACGCUAUUCCCUAGAUAGUGCACAGCAUUUGACAAGAACCCUCAGAGCCCAAUUGGCCCUGGGUCAAAAGUAGUGCACUGAAUAGGGUGCUAUUUGAGGUGUUGACUCUGCCCCCCAAUCACACUUUAAAACUGCACUGGUAUGUAAUGUCUGUUCUGUUUCUAGCUGCACUGAAGACACCGUCUGGAUGUUAACUCAAACAUUAAAGUGAAAUAUAUUAA